GCACAGAGAAUCCGAGCAGUACAGUACAUAGGAAAUGACUCAUAGGAGUUGAACUGUUAGCGUGGGUGUGUGCACUAUUAAAACAAGGCUCAGACUCCUCCGGGUGACUCACUCUGAUGCUCGCUUUUCCAUGCUGAAAACCAGCACGGAUUGUUAAUCAGAUGAACUUUCGGGAAUUGUGUAGCCGACAGCGAGCAGCUUUCUACCCGCAGACAUCAUGGCUUCGAACGCUCUCUGUGCGCUGUGCGGACUUAUUAUAGCGGCUGUGACCAAUUUCUAUGCUGUUAGCGCACAGAAAAGUCAGUGUGGCAGUUUAGAGUUUUGGAACCCAGAUUUUGACGUUUGUGUGCCGUGUGCAUCAUGCAAGCAGUACCCAAAGACCCCGUCAUGCAACACAUGUAAAUCUGUGGAUGAGACACCUGACGUGUGGAAACUGGCAGCCAUCACCAGCUUCUCCGUGCUGGCUGUCGUGCUGGUUGGUGCUGCGCUGAUUAUCGGGGUCAUGGUGCAUCGACGCAAGUCACACAAACGACCUCUACGUGAACCCAUUGAAGAAACGGCUGGGCCGCUAUACCAGGCUUAAACAUUUCAGUAGCCUCAUCCUAAUCUGGAAACAGAUGUGACAGAACCGAGGAGCGACUGGUUCAGACCUGGAUGGAGCAACCUCUUUGCAGAGCUAUGUUCUCUGACUGCAGGGUAUCUCUUCACCAGAAUCGGACAAUUUUAAUUUAUUGUGACUGUUGAGUGAAGAGAUGUGCUCAGUUCUCUCACUCAGUGUAGACCCAACAGUGACCACAGGAGCAACUCUCACACCUCUGUAGGAAUAGUAACAACAUUAUAUAAGUGGUAUCGUUCUCAGAUAUUGUGUGCCUUUAUAUUCCAGUUAAAUAAUAUCCAUGUCUGGGAGGCCGUUGUGGCUUUACAGAUGUUUGAUUCAGAAAAAAAAACUACAGUUCUUUCUUCAGAGAGAAGGAUGCUUUCCAAAUCCUGUGUAUUUUUCAGUAGGACUCCAAUGAAAGUAACACAGCUACUGCUGCUUGCUGGGCUGAAGUGGGAUCUCCUGCUAUUCAGCUGGGUUUGAAGGGGUCUUCCGGUCAUUUACCACAACAGCCUCUUAAAGAUAAAUCACAUGUGAGUAAGAUGUACUGUUUGGCACAUUAAGGCCAUUUGAAUGUAGCUACUUUUACAGUAGGUGAAAUGUAUUCUAGCCCUCUUCCCUGCCAGUACCUGCUUGUACCUGCUCUUUUAGUUGCCUGGUAUAGUGACAGAGCUUUUGAUUAACUGUACUCAUUCACUGUUACUGAUGACAAAGAAACAAAGACCCUUUAUUGCAGGUUAUUACAUUAUUGUCUGUUGUAAUGUUACUAGAUUUUAGGAGAUUUUAGCUGGAUUUAUCUCUACCACAACCCUAGAAUGCAUUCAUUACUGUCCCGGUGUUUUAGGACGGGACAGAACGCUAGACACACAAUCCUAAACUGCUAAAAUGUGGGAAUGUUACGAGGAAUGUACUGUAGUAAAAAGUACACCUACAGUGUUUUGGUGGAGCUACACAAUCACUAUGCAUACUAACUUUGACCUGUUGAAUCGUUUCAGAUCUCACAAAAUAUGUAGAGAUGUCUGUUUAUAAUUUUGUGGCCUUUGAAACCAGCGAGAACCAUGGUGGCCAGGGUUGUUGUUUUCCAUUUCUUUUUUUAGUUCAGGUUGUUUUCUAUAUUCAUCAGCAAUUACUGAUGUAUUCUAUGUGUCUGACAAUGUUUCAGGUCAUAUUUUGGAUCUGUCUGCUUGUGGGUAAACUGCUUGCCCUUUGGUAGGAAAAUUAGAGAAUUGCUUAAAACACAGACACUUCCUCUUUAAUUUUUUUUGUUUUAAUAUUAUUUAUUUUUAAGUAUCUUGUGAUGUUGUAUUGCAUCAAUUGCGAGUGACAAGCACAUUUUUAAAGGGACUCCAGUGAAGAUUUUUGUUAAACUUCCAAUCGGCCAGCUAACGAUGAUACUGAGCAAUAACUAACAUUUUCCACAUAUUUCUCUUGCAUUCUAUUUCUAAUUGUAUAUACUGUACAUGCACUGGCUUCUUGUACGUAAUGCAAUCUUAUAAACUGCUUUGUGUACCAAAUGUAUUUUCACAAUAAAACUGACAACUUCAAUAAAUGC